CGUUUUUCUUAACGGUUUGACUACUUUAUAUACAAGUCCACGUAGAUCUAGAUCCUCCAAGUAGAUGGUUUGAUCUAAAUUAGGGUUUAAAAAAACAAUGACAAGGUGUCUAUUUGAAGUGCACCAGACCAUUGUCCACGCCUUCAGCAACCUUUGAAAGUACACGAAAUAACAAUGCCAUAAAACUUGUUAGAGUGGGACACAAGGGCAGAUACAAAAUGUGAGGAAGUGGACCUAAGCUCAACACCGAUACAGAAGCGAGUGUGGUAGGGAAAUGUAUGUUCCUUGAGCGGAAACCAUUAGUGUUAUACAACACACUAGUUAGAAGGUUUCAGACUCAAAGAUGUGGGGAGAUUCAUUGAUCCAAAGAAUUGAGAAACCCUCAUGGGGGCAGAAAAGACAAUUUGACAUCAUUAGCAAAAAAAUAGUUUUAACACCAAAAGAAGUUCCUAAACUAUUCCACAUGUGUCGCAGCUGUAUCCUUUCUUUAAUUCCUCUGUGCCAGAUAGAGCAGACCUCAUCUCAACUGCCGUUGCCAUUAAUUAUGAGAAACAAUGUGUUAAAACUGAAACUGGAUGAUUUUAGAAUAAAUCCUUUGAAGGUGCAAGCACAAAACCUUCAGACCAACAGUUAUUUGGCAAAUUAUAUCCAUUCUGGACAAGAAGUAGAAAUCAAGGUGCAGAAUACAGAAUCAGACUCUUGCAUAGGGACAUAUACUAACAAGCUAGCAAUAUUGAAAGAUCAAGGCCUAGACUGCUGUGUAUUAGAUCCUGUCAUACCACUGAAUGAAAUCCUGAGAGUUCUCAGAAGAACAAACCAGACUUUGACAGAAAAUUUCACUUGGAAGGUUGUUGAGGCAGUGAUACAUUACAUCAUGACUAAUUCCAAAGGUCAUCACAUACUUCAGCCCACCAUGAUUAAAGUCACCAAGAUCUAUCCUAAGGUAUUUGUUGAAAGUUUCGACACUGAAUUAGACCAAGUCAAACAAAAGCCACCUGAAUUAGAAACAGGAUUUUUUUACACUGAAAAAACAGCUAUUUGGUUCUUGGGUUUUAUAUUAAAAGAAAUGUUGCCAUUGAUAGCUUCAAGGCAAACUAAACAAAUUCUGGAAAAAUUGGUGAAAAUGUGCUUUCAGCCAGACCCUCACAAGCGCUGUUCUGCAACAUCCGCCAAAAAUUUUGUAAAACAAAAUAAGCCUGAAGCCAGUUGAGAAUUUAUAAACAUUUAGCUGUUCAAUGAAGCUGUCUAGCGGACCACUUAUCAACUGAAUCUUCUAAUGUAUGCCAUUUAAAAAGUAAAACAUACUUUAGCUAAAAGUAACUUUUGGAAACAAAAAAGGGAACAUAAAUUAUUUCUCAAUCAUUUAGCAACUGUCUAAUCCAAGUAGACAAAAAAAUUUAAAUAUUUCAGUACAUUUCAACAUGCUCAUUUUUGUUUUAAAUUGGAUCACAAAAAAAUAUUUUUAGUCUUUUUUUUAUAUAUCAAAGGUAUGUAUAAACCAUAACCAACUCAAAGGACUUCUUUUUUUCUUA